AUGAAUCUCCCCGGCGUCUGGGCCGUUUUGCAUGCGGCACUACGGCCGGGCAUUGUGCGCCCAAAUCUUGUAGUGCCCUCACUCACACAGCUUGAUUGGCACAAGAUUCAUGCAUCCGGUGUCCGCUACAUUAUAUUCGAUAAGGACAACUGCCUGACGCGCCCCCAUGAAGACGAUCUUGUCCCCGAGCUCAAGCACUCAUGGAGUGAAUGCAAAAAAGUGUUUGGUGCUGCCAAUAUGCUGCUUGUAAGUAAUUCUGCAGGUACUUGCGGCGAUCCGCGUGGGCUUGCAGCAGAGUCGGUGUCUGCCAAGUUGGGCGUACCUGUACUGUGCCAUAAAUCCAAGAAGCCGUCAAAAGCAUGUGCACUUCAAGUCAUUGGAUACCUUGAGGAACAAUCGCGCCGCGGCGCGAGCGCGAUUCCCCGCGCUGUCGUGAUUGGCGACCGCCUUUUCACGGAUGUGGUAUUUUCCAGUCGUAUCGAGCAAUGUCUCGCGCGAAAUUAUUCUAGGUCGGUGCCAGACUUCCAAACUUCUACACCCCUUUGCUCGAGUGUGCUCACCUCCGAGUUAUGGGCGCGGGAACGACUCGGAACGCGGCUUAUGCGCAAGUUUGAGCAAGCAUUUCUGCGCAUGCUCCUCCGCGUAGGAAUUUCACCGCGUGGCGGAUGGAAGGAUCGUGCGCCGUACAAUGCACCAGCAUGGCUACAAACGCCACUUCAGCCCAAACCGUCGUUCACGUCCGCGCUGCGGGAAUCGGAGUUGGACGAGGCGCUUGGACAUGCAAUCCUCGAAGCGAACGCCUCGGCGUACAUGAAGCGGAUGGGUAAACUUGGCCGGGGCUUACUAUGGGUGAAGCAAAAUGUGCAUCGCAUUCCGGGCGUGUCCUUCGCCACCGGCAAGGUCAAGGAACUUGCGUGCAUCGUUUGCGACGAGGUCUUUGCGAACCUGCAGCACAUACGGUCACUCACAUGGUCGACAUUGACCGGGGCACCCUCUCAGCGUCAUCGUCGUACCUUGCCGAUGGCUAUGCGCGAUGCCGCUGUUCCACCUGCCCGCAACAUUGUGAAGAAACAUCUCGACCGGUCCGGAGUACGCAUGUUUUCCACCGCGCGGUGCGUGGCCGCGCAAGCGUCACAUGAGCGCCCCGUGCCGCGGCGCCUAGCCAAGGCAGAGGAGCCUGCAGUCCCCCCUACACCCGUACAGCAUCCACAAAUGGUGCGCACAUGGUUGGGCGUGCCCACAUGGAACUGGGUCCUGGCCCUGCUCACCGUGAUUAUUCUGCCACUUGGAUUUAUCGGUGGAAUUAAGCUGAAUGAUCUUAUGAGCAACUGGUACACAGGGUCUGUGUCGAACGAAGGGCACAGUGCAAACAUGCAAGACUUUGUAUCGCCCGCCGAGUUCGAGGCAGAGCAGGCCAAAAUGGAACACGAGUCACGCAAGACUAAUAUUGAUAUGAUUCAAAAUCUCGAACGUGAGCACUUUCAGCUCCGCCGCGAGCGGCACGAGAUCCAAGAGAAACUCGCGCGGCUCGAAGAACGCAUGGGCCUCCGCGGUAGCACAUAG